AUGAUUACGCUGAACAAUCUCUUCCAAAGAUUGAACCGCCGUCUCACAGGGUUAUCGUUGGUGGUUCUCGGUGAAUCCAAAACGAUGAGACUUGGGCAAGUUACUACCAUUAAGACUGGUGAACGUGGACGACUCCACCAAGCUGCGAGAACAUGGAAGGCCAAACCCGCCUCUUCCAUCAAACUACUCCCCCCAGACGAUUUAAAGCGUACAGUUGGUCCGCAAGACAAUUUCUUCGCUUCAGGUGCCAGAGCCAUUGGGGGAAUUACCCAGUUGGAUUUGAUACUUCGUGCCAUUCACUAUGGUGCCCUGCCGGACAUUGAGGAGCGUCUCAUUUUGGCAGCUCUCGGGGUUGUUCCCGACUCGGGAAUUCAAAAGAUAUGUCGCACUGCGUAUGAGAGAUUAGAAGCGACCCUAUAUACUGUUCAAAGCGCUCAGACUGUCUACAGCACGGAAGGUGUGAUCACUUGUGAGGAGCAUUCUCAUAAGCGAUUGCGACGUCCCCCGGGCGCUCGGCACUGGGAUGUGAAUGCGGACGAUGACAAGAACACCGGCCAGUCUAGAGCUCGGAUGGCGAGCCCUCAAUGA